CUAGAUGCCCCUUCAGUUGUCAACCCAUCGCCCAGCGGUUCGUUCGGUUCGCUGAACGCCCUGCCCCAUCCGCGGUACCACUCGACACUGGCACCCCUGUACCAGAAGUCCUCGAGCCCCAGCCGAGGCCUGUCUACGUCAGUGCCAACGAGUGGUGGUAACGGUCGGGCGUUGACGAGCCGCUUCCCGAAAUCGCACCGUACCGCAGCGAGUGUGCUUCCACGAUCGAUCAACCUACGAACCGCCGGUGAGCUACGUCGAGGCUCGACCGCCGGUUUGAAUGUGGUCUCGCAGCGACCUCCGCUGCCACCGAAGAUCGAACAGCGAAGCCACAGCUACGAUGGAUUGCUGGACGAUGACGCAUCGAUGCGCGGUUCAGCAAAGCGGAACCGCAGGCUCGGUGGAAGGACGACAACUGAAGGACAGGAUAUGGCAGACGGCUCCGGUGGUAUCUCAUCGGCCGCAGCAGCAGCAGCAGCAGCAGAUUCGGGCAACACUGGAACGUCAUUAAAGGCGAAACUAGCAACGACGGCGAUGAUUCGCAAGAGAGAUGAUGAUCACGCAAACCGGAAGAGUUUUAAACAGGAUGUACCGGGUCUGGUUGAAGCAGGGACCAGCACGGGAGAGACUAUCAAGAGCAAGAAUCGACGAUCGCGCAGCAUGGACGAUCUGUUCGAUGACGAUGGUGUAGCCGGGUUCGAUUUCCUCGAUAACACGCAAAGCAUGGAAACGUUGCUGGCUGCUAAUGAGGAAGAACUCACGGCACGGGAUAGCGAACCCGAGGCUUCCUGCAGCUCACCGGAACCCCCCAGCUCGCCCAUCCGUACGCUCGGUGGCGGAAACAUUUGCUUUAACCGACGCUUCGUGCACGAUGAUGAGCAGCUAGCGACCACAAGUGAAACGGACCAGGGCGAGGAGGAGGAAGAGGAGCUGCCACAGGAACCGCUAUGCGAGAAGGAAACCAUCACCGUGGACAGUACGCCCCGGUAUGAGACGGAAGAGGACGGUGAUCAGGUAUCAACGAGGUCUUCGCUCACUUCGCACGCCUCGACGGCAUCCGGAGCCACCUCGCCGACGGUUGACGGCGAUGGAAAGGAAAGCAAAAAGCCCCCGAAACCCUUGAUGCAGCGAUACGUUAAGAAGGUGAAAUCGCUCAUGAAAAUGUAGGCAGCCGUUCUGCGGCGCCAUAUCUCGCUCUCGAAUAUUCUUUAUGCCUUUAAGUUUAAGCUAUUGCGUCACUGGAAACCAUCAUCACAACGACAACGCCAUUCAAACACCCUCAUACACAUCAUCUUCAUUUGUGAUACACGCGCUGUUAUGGUGGCCCUCGGUGACGCUUUCUACGCCCCGGGUGUGCCCCUAUCCUGACCACUACUUUCUCUUCUCACCUACCACCUAAGUGCUAUAAGCAGUAUCUAAUUCUCACUCGUAAGAAGAUGUAAGAUUUUAUUUAAAUUACAACGGUUUUAUCUUAUUGCGCUGCUGUCAGAUACGGAUUCCUGCCGGAGGGAUUUCAUAAGAAUCACUUAAGUUAAGAAAAUGCGUGCACCAAGGGUACACGAUCACACAAUAUUUACUAGCAACUAUGGUAUUUUCCCCUAAGGUGUUUUCGUAUUAUACACGUUCUAAUAUGGAUGACCACUAACUGUUACAAUACGUCAUUGUGAUUAGUUUCGCGCUUCGCUGCGAGAUGUUGUACGAGUGUAAAAUAUAUUAUUUGACUGUAGAACGGA